AUGGCAGGUCCAGACGUAGAAAACGCUGGUCAACUCAAAGAUCAAACUGGCACAUUGGCAGCGGUUACCCGGCAUAUUCUCGACGAUACCAUUUAUAACAUCAUCCAUGAUAUUGUCGCCAAGGUCCACCGGGAGGAGAAAAUGGCCCGGGCCACUUCCGCCGUGAUUGCCGUGAGGCAACUAGCAGAGAAAGAUGCUCACGCUUCAGGUGACGCUGCGGAGGGUCAACACAGUAUGGCAGCACCCAAUGGCGGCGGUCUCAAUCCAGCAAAGGUCGAGACAGAUGCAGCAGUGUACGAUGGAGGUAGGGUAUACUUGAAGGGCAACCCAUUAGUUACCACCAAAGAAAUUUUAUGCCCAAACUGUCAGCUCCCCCGCUUGCUUUAUCCACUCUUUGGAGAGGGUGCCCGCCCGCCGCCCGAUUCUAACAAGCAGUACUGCCGGAAACUCCCCCCUGUUCGGAUGCCUGGUCGUGAUGUCCAUGGAAACCCCUUUUCUGUCGAAAGGAUCACCAAGAAGAAGAAAAACCAAGGCACGGACAACAAUACUCCCGCGUCUAGCCCUCCGGCUACCGCUGAGCCUAGUUCCGCACCAAAUUCCUUCAAGCUGCUGCCCGACAAAAUGUACGUCCCGACAACAAAGUGUCCCAACUGUCCCCGGUAUUUCCUGGUGACAAAGAGUGCCCAGCACUUGGACAGAUGCCUGGGCAUCACGACUCGGCAAUCUAGUCGCAAUCGAACCCCUUUUGAUAGCGCUAUCAACACCCCAUCCGCUCCAGCGCCAGCAUCACGCAAACGUGCCCGUGAUGAAGAAGAAACCGGGGCUGUUAAGAAACGGAAGGAAAUGGGAAUGCCAGUCAAGUUCAAAACCGGAAAGCCUGCAAUUCCCAGCAAGCUGAAGAACGGAACGACGCCGGGUAUGGUGUCUCCGGGAUCGCCGACCUCUGUCAACUCUUCCAAAUCCGCAGCGAAGACAAAAGCCAACAAGCCGAAUAAAGAUCGGGAUCCAAAAUAA